UGCUCCUGUUCAGUCAGUAAGCAGCAGCAACCAGUGUGAGCAGAUCUGGGAGAGGGAGUGGUUGGAGCAAACCCAGCAGCAGCAGCAACAGUAGUGUCUGUCCAUCUCCUGGCUUUUGAAGAACGCUUUUUCCCCCCCCCCCCCGUCUAUUUUUCCCCUUGAGAAAAACAACAAUCAGAAAUCCACUUAUGAUUGAUCUUUUUGUAUCUGUGUAUGUAUGUGACUGGAAUCCCCUGCCGCUGCAGGGAAAGAGAGAUAUAAGGAGGCGACCAGCAACGAUCUAUUCGAAAGAGAAGUAAAGGAAGAACUAUUCUACGGCUUUUUUUUUUAAUUUAAAAGUCCCCUUCUGAACACAAGAUUGGGGGAGAGAAACGAAAGGGACAUUUUAAAACAAACCAGUCCAUUAUUUUAUUUCUCCUUCUCCCUCCCCUCCCCUCAGGAUUAUAAACCUGACUGAUGGGAAUUUGCUCUGGGGAUUAUUAAUUUGUCCGUGCGUCAGUUGUUGUGGAGAUUGUGAGAAGUGUUGAGAAGAAGCUUUUCUCUCUCUCUCUCUCUCUCUCAGAAAGCUGUCGGUUGCCAUGGCGGCUCCGGGCCUGGCGGAGGGCCUGCUCCUCCUCCGCCGCCGCGGCCUUUCCCUCUCCUCCCGCUGCUAAAGCCAUGGCCCGGGGAAACGCCUCCUCCUCCUCCUCUUCUUCUUCCUCCUCCUUCACCGCCACCUCCAGCCGCCGGCACUCCGCGGCCCUGCUGAAGAUGGAUCCCGUCAUCAUCCCCAUCGACGCCGAGACCAUCUGCGACAGCAAUGACCAGCGCAUGUGGUGGGCCUUCCUCGCCUCGUCCAUGGUCACCUUCUUCGGCGGCCUCUUCAUCAUCCUCCUGUGGAGGACCGUCCAUUACCUGUGGGCUGUCUGCUGUCACUGCGGCCUCAAGAAUAAGGAUGCGCAAAAAAUCGGCAUCAACGCGGGUAACCAGUCAGAUGAUACUCUCCAAGACCUGGAUGAGAAGGAAGAAAUUCCACAAGGGGAAGUGGGCUGGAUGACUUCUGUAAAAGACUGGGCAGGUGUCAUGAUAUCUGCCCAAACUCUCACCGGCCGAGUUCUUGUGGUCUUGGUUUUUGCUCUCAGCAUUGGUGCUCUUGUAAUAUACUUCAUAGAUUCUUCAGACCCAAUAGAAUCCUGUCAGAAUUUCUAUGAAGAUUUCACGUUGCAGAUUGACAUGGCAUUCAAUGUAUUCUUCCUACUCUACUUUGGACUGCGGUUUAUUGCAGCAAAUGAUAAAUUAUGGUUCUGGUUGGAAGUGAAUUCUGUGGUAGAUUUCUUCACCGUCCCACCUGUCUUUGUGUCUGUCUAUUUGAGCAGAAGCUGGCUGGGCUUGCGAUUUUUAAGAGCCCUCAGGUUGAUACAGUUCUCAGAAAUUUUACAGUUUCUGAAUAUUCUAAAAACAAGCAAUUCCAUCAAGUUGGUGAAUCUGUUAUCCAUAUUUAUAAGCACAUGGCUAACGGGAGCUGGCUUCAUACAUUUGGUGGAAAACUCAGGGGAUCCUUGGGAAAACUUCCAAAAUUCCCAACCACUGACAUAUUGGGAAUGCGUCUACUUACUUAUGGUCACAAUGUCCACAGUUGGUUAUGGAGACGUUUAUGCAAGGACAACUCUUGGUCGUCUUUUUAUGGUCUUCUUCAUCCUUGGUGGCUUGGCCAUGUUUGCGAGCUACGUCCCUGAAAUCAUAGAAUUAAUAGGAAACCGCAAGAAAUAUGGUGGUACCUAUAGUGCGGUUAAUGGAAGAAAGCAUAUAGUUGUGUGUGGACACAUCACACUGGAGAGUGUUUCCAAUUUUUUAAAGGACUUCUUGCACAAGGACAGGGAUGAUGUGAAUGUUGAAAUAGUCUUUCUACACAAUAUUUCCCCUAACCUUGAGCUUGAAGCCCUUUUUAAAAGACAUUUUACUCAGGUGGAAUUCUUCCAAGGUUCUGUCCUGAACCCUCACGAUCUAGCCAGAGUCAAGAUAGAGUCAUCAGAUGCAUGUCUAAUUCUGGCAAACAAAUACUGCCCCGAUCCUGACGCUGAAGAUGCCUCGAAUAUUAUGAGGGUAAUAUCUAUCAAAAAUUACAAUCCAAAGAUAAGAAUUAUAACACAGAUGUUACAGUAUCAUAACAAGGCCCAUCUGCUGAACAUACCCAGCUGGAAUUGGCGAGAAGGGGAUGAUGCAAUCUGCCUAGCUGAACUGAAGCUGGGUUUUAUAGCUCAAAGCUGCCUGGCUCCAGGCCUCUCUACAAUGCUGGCCAACCUCUUCUCCAUGAGGUCGUUCAUCAAGAUUGAGGAGGACACCUGGCAGAAAUACUAUCUCGAAGGGGUAGCAAAUGAGAUGUACACUGAAUAUUUGUCCAGUGCCUUCAUAGGCUUGUCAUUUCCUGCAGUCUGUGAGCUGUGUUUUGUGAAGCUUAAGCUGCUAUUGUUAGCCAUAGAAUACAAAUCGGACACAAGGGAAAGCAGCAUACUAAUCAACCCUGGAAACCACAUCAAGAUCCAUGAAGGCACAUUGGGAUUCUUCAUUGCAAGUGAUGCCAAAGAAGUGAAAAGGGCAUUUUUCUACUGCAAAGCUUGUCACGAUGACAUCACAGAUACGAAAAGGAUUAAGAAAUGUGGCUGCAAGCGACCCAAGAUGUCCAUCUACAAGAGAAUGAAACUCGCAUGUUGUUUUGAUUGCGGACGCUGUGAGCGUGACUGCACUUGCAUGUCAGACAGUGUACAUAGUAACUUGGACACCCUUGAGAGAACCUUCCCACUUUCUUCUGUCUCUGUUAAUGAUUGCUCCACCAGUUUACGUGCCUCUAAAUAUGGCUAUAACGGAUAUAUCAGCUCAAUUCAAGAUGAAAACCCAUCAGCCCUGUCGCCCAAAAAAAAGCAGCGAAAUGGAGGUAUGCGAAAUUCACCCAACAGUUCACCCAAACUGAUGAGGCACGACCCCUUGUCAAUUCCAGGAAAUGAUCAGAUAGAGGAAAUGGACGCCAAUGUGAAGAAAUAUGAUUCCACUGGGAUGUUUCACUGGUGCCCAGCUAAAGAAAUGGAGAAGGUCAUUCUGACCCGGAGUGAAGCUGCCAUGACGGUUUUAAGUGGGCAUGUGGUCGUGUGUAUAUUUGGGGAUAUGAACUCUGCUUUGGUUGGCUUGCGCAACUUAGUGAUGCCUUUACGAGCCAGCAAUUUCCAUUAUCACGAACUGAAGCACAUUGUUUUUGUUGGGACGCUGGAGUACCUAACCAGAGAAUGGGAGACGCUUCACAACUUCCCCAAAGUAUCUAUAUUGCCGGGUACGCCAUUAUGUCGAGCUGAUUUAAGGGCUGUCAACAUCAACCUCUGCGACAUGUGUGUUAUUCUAUCAGCCAAUCAGAACAAUAUCGACGAUUGUUCGCUGCAGGACAAAGAAUGCAUCUUGGCGUCACUCAACAUCAAAUCUAUGCAGUUUGAUGACAGCAUAGGGGUCUUGCAGGCUAAUUCCCAAGGAUUCACACCUCCAGGAAUGGACAGACCUUCUCCUGACAAUAGUCCAGUCCAUGGCCUAGUCCGACAAACAUCAGUCACCACCGGGGCCAACAUCCCAAUGAUGACUGAAUUAGUUAAACCUGGCAAAUUGCUCCCUUUGGUUUCAUUCAGUCAGGAAAAAAACAUUGGAGCCAACAUACCAAUGAUAACUGAGUUGGUGAAUGACUCGAAUGUUCAAUUCUUGGACCAAGAUGAUGAUGAUGACCCAGAUACUGAGCUGUAUUUGACACAGCCAUUCGCGUGCGGGACAGCAUUCGCUGUCAGUGUGUUAGACUCCCUAAUGAGUGCUACAUACUUCAAUGACAAUAUCCUGACUCUGAUACGGACAUUAGUAACAGGGGGAGCCACACCAGAGCUGGAAUCAAUGCUGGCUGAAGAAAAUGCCUUGAGAGGUGGCUACAGCACACCACAAACACUAUCAAACAGAGACAGGUGUCGCGUCGCACAGUUGGCUUUGUAUGAUGGGCCCUUUGCAGACCUUGGGGAUGGUGGCUGUUAUGGAGACCUGUUCUGCAAGGCCUUAAAAACAUACAACAUGCUUUGCUUUGGAAUUUACCGAUUGAGAGAUGCACAUCUACGCACGCACAGUCAGUGUACUAAGCGAUAUGUGAUUGCUAAUCCACAUUAUGAAUUCGAACUAGUCUCAACGGAUGUGAUCUUCUGUUUGAUGCAAUUUGACCAUAAUGCUGGCCAAUCUCGUGGCAGCUUAUCGCACUCGUCUCAUUCCUCACACACUUCCAGUAAGAAAAGCUCGUCUGUGCACUCCAUCCCGACCACCACCAACCGUCCAAACCGCAACAAGACUCGGGAUCUCCGGGAAAAGCAGAAUGCUACAAGGAUGACUAGAAUGAGCCAAGAAAAGAAAUGGUUUACAGAUGAAACUGAUAACACCUUCCCUAGGAACAUUCAGAUCAAACCAAUGAGCACUCACAUGGCUAAUCAAAUCAAUCAGUACAAAUCUACCAGCAGUUUGAUCCCACCCAUCAGAGAGACAGGUGAGGGAUCAUGGACUCUACACCACCAAGAAGAAGUAAUAGUCUGCCCUUGAAAGUUUUCUGCUUGUCCAGCAUGGAAUCACAGGUUUUAUUGGAUUAUUUUGCUGAUGACUUGAAGACAAUCGACACAGACUGAAUAUUAUGGCCAUUUAUGUUUAAAAAUGUAUUAUUUUAUAAAUGCAAUACCUGCCAUCUUCACUUUUGUAGCUUCGCUUACCUUCGGUUUGUGACCAGACUCUUAUUUUUUCGUCUUUUGUUUCCCCUAUGGAGGAUGAAGGUCACAAAAUAUUAGUUCAAUGCACCCAAUCCCUCAACAAAAACAGUUUUUAAAAAACCGUACACUUCUAGCAGCAGCAGAUGAGGCUUCCAAUGUCGUCUGAUAGCGCUAACAUGCUAGUUAUCAGAAUAUAUGCUGUUAUCUAUCCUUGUGUUGAGAUAGGGCGUAGACCAAGUCCUGUAUUAAAGAUUGUUCCACAUUACAACAUUGCCAUCUUUUCAUGAUCCUGUUCUGAUUUAUUUUCUCUGCUAAGAUGAAAGUAAACCUUACAAGGUCUUCUGGGACACAGAACACUGCAAGCCAAGAGCUUUUUUUUCUCCUGAACACGUUUCAUUCUCUCCAUCCUUAAGCUUGUUUUAAAAGGGAAAAAAAAAUUGAUAUACUUCAAAGUAGUUAACACAUGCCAGAGAGAUAGAAGAUCAUUCUUUGCAGUCGAUCCUGGGAGGAUAAAGAGACGAUGUUAACUCAGCAAGGUAGGAAAUAUUAAUGCAGAGUUGUCUGAAGCAAGCCUGCACACAUUGUUUCAAGCAGCUCUUAUUGAUUCCAAAAGUUCAGUUUUGGUUCCUGGUGUGACUCCCCCCCUCCCUUGUAGUAUUGAAAGCCAUCUUGUCCAGUAUCAUGAGGUCAGAGGGGAUAGAAACAAACAAAACUGAAAGAACACUGGACCAGGCCUACUGCAAACUCACGUCAGGAAAAGAUACAUGGCAGGCAAUCCUAUUGUUUCUGCAUGCCCUGCUGUGUCAGUUCCAUCAGUUAUAGACUCUGACUUUAGCUAAAACUAUCUCAGCUUUAAUGUCUGUUCUCCAGCUGCAGCACUGAACACAUCCAUAUUGCUACCCAACAACACUAUGUUCUGGAGUGAUUUUUGAAUUGUGAUUACUUUGUUGUUAAAUUUUGUAGGAAGUAGAGUGAAACAAUUGUGAAUAAAAUAUAUUAAUAUUAAUUGGAUUGUUAACAAGGAGAACUUGCUAGCCUGUUUUAAGGAUUUGCGCUUCAGCACUUUCCAUUCAGUUCGACUCUUUCAUGAUGCCAGAGUCUGGGAAUUCAGUGGAUGACUACGUAACAACAAAAAAAACUAACUUUACUACUCUUACUGAAAAAUGCACAUUUUCAAUAUUUUAGCAUGUUUUCCGUUCUGCAUUUAUGCACUUUUAUUUCUAUAAGUUAGUUUUGUCACUCCCUGUUGUUCUUUCUCUUUGCUGUCACCUCUUCAUCAUCAACUAUGAAGAUGGAGAAUUCUUACAGGGAGUGACCUUUUUCUCUUAAAUUUUGUUUUUAGUUUGCAUAUUUUCCACUAAGUAAUUAGAGGAGAUAAUAUGAUGGUGCUCAGACCCAAUCUACCUGGCUCUGUCAUAUAUGAUAUCUGGUGAUAAUAUUUUGUCUUGUACAAAAAGAGUUUGUACAU